AAGAAGUAAAAUGGCGGAUAGCACUGAAUCUCGGCCUCAGGACGAUAGCCCUCGUCCCAGCCCCCACAAUGAGUUGGAGGAGCUUAAGAAGGACCUGGAGGGCUGGAGAGAGGUGCUUCUACCCAUGACCAGGCUCCUCAACUGGGACAAGCCAUACCACCCUGCUAUUAUACUGGGCCUAUCCACAAUUAUUUUCGCACUAAUCUGGUACUUUGAGCCAUCGGUACUGACUACCUUUUCACUGUUUGGCCUGAUCAUCAGUUUGAUUGACUUCCUCGUUCCAAUCGUUGGUCCAACCCUGUUUGCUUCUGGCUCCUGGACAGUGGUGCAGCAGCAGCAGUAUGAGCAGAUCUGUUUGCGUUUGAUGCAUGCCCGCGACCACUUCGUCAACUUCAAGAACACCAUGGGCACACUGAAGGUCGAGAAACCAAAAGUGUACUUCAUCCUGGUCAUGGGGAUCCUGGUUGUGUUUGCCUGGGUUGGAAGUCUUUUCGAUAACCUCUUCCUCACAUACUUCCUCGUCAACAUCGUGCUGCUUGUACCCGGUCUUCGUCGCCAUGGCAUCAUUCAGAAGUACUUCCGUGGAGUGUGGCUGGUCUUCAAGAGGCUCAUUAUGGGAAAAGACAAGAAGAACUGAAUAUUUUGAAGAAGGAUUGAUGGACAGUCAUGUCUGUUGGGCAUAAUAUUGCUGCAGUCAGUUAUUGGUGUGUUACAUGUUCUUGUUGAGUGUUUUACAUAUGACCAAUCUUGCUGGUGUAAUAUGUGCAAAAUUUAUCUUUCCUGUAUUUAUUGCUCUUUUGAGGUAAGGAAACGUUAGAUCAUAUAUUCUAGGUUUUACCCGAAUCGCAGAUGAGUUGCUUAAAUUAGAUAGAUGUAUUAGAAGAUAGAUGUCUGACCAUAAUUAUUUGCAAUAUUUGGCUCUGCAUUUAAUUAUUCUGAUUACGUAUAGUGACUAAAUUCUUCAGUGAAAUAAGGCCAUGGUAUUUCAUUUAGACAAAUAUUGACAGUAGUUAAAUUCUUUGAAGACUGAACUGGGUUCUGUUAUAUAUAUAUAUGUCCUUGGCUGCUUUGGACACAGCUAGUGUUUGUUGCUAUGGCUUAAAUUUGGGUUGAUCUCAGAUGGGUGUGUUCUUUCCGUUAUUGCUGAAGGGAAUGUGUUACUCACAGACUGAAACAUCUCUCUGUAAGGAUGUAGUUUCACAAACUGUCAAAACAUCAACUGAAGUAAAUCCCCAAGACCUAGGGAAUAGUUUAAAUUGUUAGGGGCAGACUGUUUUGGGAAACUUUCCUGUUUGUAUUCUUAAUAUUAUUCAUGUAAUCAAAUCACUGGGCUAGCUCGGUUGAUACUGUAAUCAUAGAUUAACAAGGGUUUAACUAAAGAGUGUUCUCACAGUGUGGUUGUAGUAAUGACUCGUAGGGUAUGACCUGGGCAUAUGUAUGGGUUCAUUAUGGGUUGAUGCAACGUGUUCAAGACGGUCAAAGGGGGCGCGGGUGGCCCAGUCGUCUAAGGCCCCGCAAUUCGCUGUGCAGAGUUGCGUCCCAUGGGCACGCCAGAAACCUAUGAUUGUGGGUUCGAAUCACGGUUCGCCCCGAUUAUGUUUCUAGGUUUGUCAGCACCAUACCCGUGCUCGUGGGUUUCACCGAAGUGGUAAGUAAACGUCUAAGACCUGCAUCGAUUUCGGGCUUUCCUCCCACAUUAAGCUGACACGCCACGAUAUAACUUGAAUACUGUUUAAAGCAGCGUUAACCCUAACUCACUCACUUACUCUCUAUGAGACGUGAACGUGCAAGACUAUAGUUGAAUUCAAGCACAAACAAUAUGAUUUGGUAAUGAUCAACUACAGGUCAUUACUACAACUCUCUCUUUGAGAACCUCCUUAAAGGUGUCACAGAUCUCUAUGUAUUAAUCUUUCUUACACAUAUUUUCUAACUGAUAUGUGUAUAUGAAUAUAUAUGCAUGUAUAUCCAUCAUGGAAUAAUGGUACCAAAUAUUACAUGGUAGUGUAAGGGACAUAUCAUCUUGAUGAAGUUAUACAAAAUUUGGAUCAAACUUGGUUGAUAAGUUGUCAGUGUGAAAAAUUAGACAAAUAACCAUGAAAAUAGCAAGAAAGCAUACAAUCAAAAAUCCCUUUAUUUGAACUGACUAAAUAAUGAUAUGUCCUUUCAUUGUUUUCUUAUUAAUGUUAAAUAUUGAAGACAUUUAUAUACUACUGUAAUAGUAUAGUCCUUUUCUUGUUACUUAGUAAGUGGUUCUUCUGGAAUGUCAUCUUUACAAUAGAAUAGAAAUGUGUAAGACACACAAAAGUUUACCAUCAAAGUGCCUCAAGGUAGAUUUUUUUAAAGUCAAAAUGUAUUUGAGUAUAUGUUGGACAACUUCAAUUAUGGACAAUUCUGUUCAUAUUAUACAUGCACAAAUAUAUUUUUUGUUUGGUAAUGUAAGUUUAUAAACAAAAGGUCUGGGCUUAUUCAAUAAUUGUCUGUCAAUACAUAAUUUAGGUCUUAUUUGAAAUAAAACAAUGGAAAAUGGCCUCUUUUCACUUUUACACAUUUUCUAUUUAAGAAGUGGGUUUGUUGAUUGUGUGCUGUUGUGGGUUAUCUGUAUUACAAAGAUCGCCUUUUGAAACUGGGUGUUUUUAGCAUUUUUUAGUUCUCACAAAACACUAAUUGCUCUUGUUAAGAGUUUCAUUUUCAUAAAUGUCUUAUAGGAAAAGCUUUGCUCAUUUGUUUGAUCAUAACAUUUUGAACCUAUUUUAGAAUACAGGCUUUCAUUUGAAGUCGCCAGUUUUUGACAUGUAUUCUACCCUGUCAAUUAUCCAGAGCUUCCUAUUUUUAAAUGAAAGUCAAAUGGCUUAAAGUGCUGGUGCUUGGUUUAUGAAAUGUUCCUAUAUGUAGGAAAAAGUAGCAACGAUUACAGUUCAGGUACUGAAGAAUUAUUUUGCUUCACAUUUCUUUCACAUACAAUUUCUCUUCUCCAUGUUAACCAUGUAAUUAGUAUCAUAUGUGUCAUGAGAUUAUGUGUGUCCUCUGUCGUACAAUGCGCCAUGCAUAAAGCAUGCAGAAGCAUUUUAUAAACCGUUGUAUAAAUCAGUAACACCUUGUGCCAAGCUUUAACUCAUUAUCAUUGUGAUUGUCCAAUCACAGCUUCUGUAUGUCACCUAUCAGUCUAGUGGCUGACAUUCAUUUUGUACACAGUAGAUUGUCGAUGCUCUGUUAACUUUCCUGUGUGGCUUUCCAGGCUCUCAAUAUUCCAAGGUAUUUAUUAUCACCUGUUCUAUUUACAUCUUUGAUGCUGUGUAAACAUUUAAUCAAGUAUUUAUAGAUUGUACAUUUUUAGAUUUAUUUCAGUCUUUCAUUUUGAUUACGUUAUGAAUACCUGGCUGUAUAGUGCUAUAGAUCUUUAGGAAUCAGAUAUUCAAAGACUAACGUGAAUGUCACUUUUUGAUUAGAUACUUCUACAUGUAUAGAUAUUUUAAUGGGUUACAUACAAGAAUUCUCACAGUGAUUAGUUGCAAGAUAGCUUGUGCAGCAUGAUGCAAUAAUAACACAGGCGAAAAUUAAAUAGCAGGGCGUAUCAGAUUUUAGCAGCUUAAUGCUCCUGUACAUUCCUGCCAUUGACUCGUGUCACAAAUCAAACGUUGGUGUGACAGUUAGAUUUUCUUGGGGUCCUAACAGACCCUCCUGAUGGUGUCUCUAAGUCAUAUAUACAUGGCAAGGAAGUAAUGCCACGACAAGCAUUAUGACCUCAAAAUGGCCAAUGAGAUGGCUUGAUGUUAUUGAUCAUAAUUAUCACAGAUGUCAUACCGGAGAUGUUAUGAAAAGCCCCGAGACUGAAACGAAUUCAGUUUUGUCAAAUUUAAGUAUUCAAGAAAAUCUUCCAUCAGGUCUGUUAUUUCAUUAAUACGACUUGUGUAUAAGAAGGGUUUUUUAUGUUUAUUCAGUGGCUAUUUUAUAAGUCAGAUGAUUUUAAAGAUUCAUUUUAUUAGAUGUUUUAACUAAAUAUCUAUGACAAGUGAAAGAGAUGCUUGUCUCAGUCAGUGCAUUUUAACUUCCCUGAGGGUGAUAGGUGUACCCUGGUCUUUAAAUACUACAUUGUAUUAUUAAACAUUUCGUAACACUAUUAAAUUAAUCUUUUCAUCCUCUGAUAAACUUUUUUUCAGUAGAUUAAAUUUAAUAUCCUGCAUACCACUGCUCGGUGAUGUUUAUGAAUUAUUGAAAUUAAAAGCCUAAUAUCCCAAUUAUUUUGUUUUGUGUUGACAUUUCAAAUUUUAAGGGCUAUCAUGUCGGGGAAAUGAGGUUGUUUUUUGUUGGAGGGUAAGACCAGAGUACAUCUAUCGGAGGAGACGGUUGUGACUUCUGGUUUUGUUGUUUAUGAUAUUUUUAUCUCAAUAUUCCAUCACUUUCUUUCUCCCCCAAUGUGCUGUAAAGAAAUGUGUUAUAAAUCUGUUCUUGUUUGAUAAACAUUGUGAUAAUUCUGUUGGUAAAUCAGAUGUUUUGUGAAAGAUGUUAUCUAAUGUUUAAGAUUGGUUGUAAAUGAUAUGGCCAAAAAAUCAAACUUGAUGUUGUAUUGCAUGCCACAUUUGACACUGAAUUCAUUACUUUGUUAUUUCUGAUACCAGUAACUGAUAAGGGAUUAUGGAUCUUGUUAUUAAUUCUCUCACAAAUAUCAGAAAAAUAUCUUUAAAAAAUCAUUUUGGCUGUCAGAGUUAAUGGAUGUCUGUCAUUUAGGGUAUUUUUGGGGUUCUGAUGACACGUCCAGUUUUCCAAUGAUUUUUUUCAUGAACUUCAUCAUGAAGAUCCAUAAAUGUUUAAAACUGAAUUAUUUUUUCUGUGGUACUUCAUUGAAAGCGAUGCCAGCGUUUUACAUCCAGUGUUGUUUCAUUGUCAGUGUUGUGUAAUUAAUGUAACUCGUAAGGUGCUUCAUCACUUUAGGACCUCGCUAUUACUGUCAUCGGAUUCUUAAACAUUGAUUCUUUGAAUGCUCACAACCACCAAUUGACGACUAGUCUUGAUACAUUCUCCUUAGUCUUUCUUGGAUCUGAAAAUCUACCUUAUCUUAGCCAGUUCGAAACUCAUUUAGCUUAAUUAAUUUAUAUGAACUAUCAUAUGAAUGAAAUAGGCUCUCUUUCUGCUCAAUCAUAACGUCUGUCCCAGCUAUCAGAAAUGUCUGGCAGCUGAAAUAAAUAGACUUUUAGACAUUCUGUUCAUGGAUACCUUCACUACAGAGAUCUUCUUGCCGAUCAGGUAGUUUUGUAGACAGUGUCGAUUUUUUGGAUGCUUUUUAAUCCAUUAGUAAUAGAGUAAUAUGUACGCAAUUUGUGAUUAAAGUUUUAUUGGAA